AUGGCUAGCAUGCUGUCCUUCUCAUCAGGCCCCGUGUCCACGUCUGGGCCCGAGGCUACCGCCGCAACGACUGUCGCCAUCGAGGCGCUUCCCGUGCAAGACAUCGAGGCAGACCAAGACCGCCGAGGUCGUUUGCUCAAGCAUCUGCUCAAGGCCAACCACGUCAACUAUGCCGUGGUGUACAAGAACCUGCAGCUUAAUAACGUCAAUUCUCACAAUCUCUGCGCGGCCUAUAUUCUUGGCGCCAAUGAGAACCAUCUCGACAACAUCUACAAUGAGCAGAUCAAGGACCUGGAGCCCUGGACCCCAUCCCCCGCCGAGGUUAUCGACGAGGACUGGAAGGACUUUGUGGGCGACCGCAAUUACCAGCGCGCUUUUGUCGACUUUUACGAGGACAAGCUUGCUUUCAAAUUUGCCUACGACUGGAAGCAAGAAAUGCAGGACGUCUUGACGGACGGUGACAAGCCACUAAUAAACUGUCUGAUCGGUGCAUUUGGCCAUCCCCUCAACCAUCUGGCACUGGCUUAUGAAAUCAAGAGCAGGGCCCUCUCCAUGGAAGCUCUGAGUCUCACCUGCAUCCAUUACAAUGCGCUGCACAAGUACCUCGACGAACCCCGCUACACCAAGCCCUCAACAUCACCAUCCCUGUCUCUUCAAGAACUCAUCUUGCGACUGGCAAAAGACGAAAGACUUCAGGGCAUUGUAAGGCAAGACGAGCACGAUAGUCUCGAAUCACUCUUCUCACAGCAUGAAGAACUGAUCCUAGAGUACUGGAACGCCUGGCAAAUUUUCGAUGCAACAAGGCAGUUCCAAGACCUGCAACAGACUGCGGUAGCUCUGUUUGCAUCGUCCGGAGUCAAGUCUUUCAGUUUUCUCACAGCGCAACUCUUAGCCACCAGCAACUCGAUACGUAUUCUCUUACCAUAUAUCCCCGCUAAAUUCCACGUAUCUCUGCUGCGGCAAUGGUGGCUUCUGGCCAUUGCUGUCUGCUUGCUGACUGGAGGGCCUGAGCCGAACCCAGCCAAUAUUGAGAAAGAUACAAGCGGCCGGACCUGGAAGCACGUUGUCGACAAGGCGAUAAACGGCCCUUACUUGGCAGAUGCCAGUUACAUCAAAGCCGUUCGAGCCAUUAGGGAAGCCGCAUCAACGUGGGGUGACGCCGACGAUCUAUACCUACGCUCUGCUCUUACAUUUGUAGACAACUUUACAGAGUACUUGGUCAAUACCACACACCUUACCGAUGCCCAAUUCACGGUAAUGGCCCCGCCAGCGAAGCGCCGCCGGCGGAACACGCUCGAUUCGGACCCCGAUCACGAUGACGACGCGGACUACGACGACGGGCCGCCCCCCUCGCGCGCCAACACUCUCACCAACUUCCUCCUCUCUUCCCCGAGCUCUCCCACGAAAUCACGCGUGGCGACCACGACCGCGUCUCCGAGCCCAAGCAAAGGCCGUGGCGCCGUCACAUCCCGCAACGGCACCAGCCCCCGGAAGAACUCACAGUCCAGCGCCAGCCCCCGCAAGACGCGAGCCGCGAGCCGCGGUAGCGACGAAAAGGGCAAGAGCGGCGACCUGAAGCUGCUCUUCUCCAAACAGGCGCAGCGCACGUCCAAGGCCCUGCCGCCGCCGUCCGGGGGUGACGACAAGAAGGCGCUGCCACUCGACGACAUCAUCAGCGACCCCAUCUCGGAAGAGGACGAGAUUUCGGACCUCAAGGCGAGCUCGUCGAGCCUGGUCGGUCAGCAUGCUGCGCGCAAACGACAACGAGGCUUGGGGAAGACUGUGUCACUGGACACGACGACGUCCAGUCAGCGAUUCUUGAAGCCACCGCGGCCGAACAAGACCGACGACGACGACGACCGCCGCCCCUGGUCUGAGCGUUUCGGCCCACGUAGUCUCGACGAGUUGGCAGUACAUAAGAGGAAGGUGUCUGAUGUUAGGCGAUGGCUCGAUGAAGUGGUCAGCGGCAGGAUGCGACAACGCCUGCUCAUCCUCAAAGGUGCAGCAGGAGCGGGUAAGACGACGACGGUCCGUCUGCUAGCCAAGGAAAUGGGCUACGAGCUUCUCGAGUGGAGGAACCCCGUCGGUAAUGCAGGUACCGGAUUUGUGUCAGCAUCAGCCCAGUUCCAAGAAUUUCUUGGCCGUGGAGGCAAAUUUGGCGCCUUGGACCUUGACAGCCCGUCACCGACUUCAAAUGCGCCUAGUAACGCAAACGCAAACGCGGACAACGACAAGCGAAUCAUGCUCAUCGAAGAGUUUCCCAACACAUUUUCCAGAUCCUCUUCCACCCUGUCAUCCUUUAAAGGAGCGCUGCUACAGUUUCUAUCCAGCCAUGUGCCGUCAUUGUCCAUGUUUUCGCAACCCGGGCGGCGGGAGCCGAUCAAGCCGGUCAUUCUGGUCAUUUCGGAAACGCUACUCACGACAACCUCGGCAUCUGCUGACAGUCUAACAGCGCAUCGUCUGCUGGGGCCUGAAAUCUUAACCCAUCCUGGCGUCGGUGUGAUUGAAUUUAAUGCCAUUGCCCCUUCAUUGUUGGCUAAGGCGUUGGAGCUUGUUGUUCUGAAGGAGGCAAGGAAAUCAGGUCGGCGCCGAACGCCCGGUCCGAUGGUCUUGAAGAAACUGGGGGAAAUCGGAGAUGUCCGUAGCGCCAUUUCAUCCCUCGAGUUUCUGUGCCUCAAAGGAGACCAAGACGCUGAUUGGGGCGCCAAAGUCGCCUUUACGAAGCAGAAGAAGAGCACCAAAGAUGGCAUCAGCCUGACGCAGGGCGAGCAAGACAGUCUGGAAUUGAUUUCUCAGCGUGAAGCGAGUCUGGGCAUAUUUCACGCUGUUGGUAAAGUCGUAUAUAAUAAACGAGAGGAAAGGGCGUCCGGUGAUGCUGCAGAAAUCCUGCCCAAGUACAUAUCUCAACACUCGCGACCGCAAAAGUCGCAAGUAUCAGUCGACACUCUGAUUGGAGAAACGGGGACAGACACGCACACCUUUAUUUCGGCUCUGCAUGAGAAUUACAUACUUUCCUGCGAGAGCACUGGCCCGAUGGAUCUUUCUACACCGAUGGACUACGUCAACGAAUGUAUCGAGCAUCUAUCACUCAGCGAUCUCAUGUGUCCUUCUCAGGAUGUCUUCUUUGGCGGUCGAGGUGGCUUUGCUGGCCGAGACUCAGGCAACCACAUGCUUCGACAAGACGAAAUGAUGUUCGAGGUGGCUGUUCGCGGCAUGCUCUUCUCGCUCCCCAACCCGGUCAAGCGCAAAACGAUAGGCAUGGCUAGAAGCACCGACGCCUUCAAGAUGUUUUACCCCGCGAGCCUGAAGCUCUGGCGAGCGAAGGAGGAGAUUGGCGGCCUCAUUGACGUGUGGUCCUCGCGCCUACUCAGAGGCGAAGACCAGAUUGCGACGAAGGAACUGACGGCCGGCGCGAACGCAUUCCGUCGCGCCCCAGCCCUCGCCUCUUUGGCCACGCCGUUGAGCCAAGCCAGCCAGAUGUCCUCAACAAAACGGCAAGAGUCCACCGCAGAAGACGACAGCUACACUCCCAUGCUAUCACUGGGCAGCGCCGCCCGCCGAGAGUUGUUACUCGAGAGACUCCCCUACACGGCGCAGAUUGCUCGCGCGCGGAGAAGCGGUCCGAUGCGCGAGCUGGAGAAAAUAGUCUCAUUCAGCGGCAUUGCCGGCUCCAACGACGAGGAAGAGGACCUGGACGAAGAGGCCGGUAUGGCAACGGGCGAGGCGUGGGCAACGGAUAAGCCGUCUGAGGAAACGAGUCCGCGCAAGAAGCGCCAGGGCAUCAAAUCAGGCGCUGUAACGAGCAUGCUGGCGCAGAAACUGGUGCUGAGCGAUGAUGAUAUCGAGGACUAG